AUGAUCAUUCGGGAUUUUGAUCUUCGGGAUUAUGAUGAGAUUUUCAGUGAUGUCAAUGAAUUUGUAAUUCGAGGAUUCUUAAUACUUUUUCUUUUUAAUUCACCAAAUAAUUGGGAACGUCCUGAUGUAAAUGUUAUUGUUGCUCGAUUAAGUCAGCUUAUUGAUCUUGGAUUUCAAUUAACUUCUAAUGACAUAGAAAAUGUACUUUUUUUAUUUGAACAUAGAAUAAAUGAAAUUGGAGGACUUUUGAUGAAUUCUUUUCAAAUAAUUCGCAAAGAAUUAAAAUCAGAUAUUGCACGUUCUUGUCUAAUUCAAACAAUUAAACCGGGGAGAAAUUUCAAGAAAACCGAUUUAUUAGAAUUUUUAAUCAACCUGAAGAAGCUCUGA